CUGAUUCAUUCAUUCAUCGCUCCGGUGAACGAAGCUUUUGGUUAAGCAGAGAGUCCAACUCCAGACGAGCUCAGGCGGAGAUGGGAAAGCGGGAGAAGAAGCAGAGACACCAGAGGCACCCCCGCCGAGAAGCCUCUCACUACCUCGAUGAAGACCAAGACGGUGGCUUCAGCUUCGAUGGCAUCUCGGCAGCUCCAAAGCCUUCUCUUUCCGACGAAGAAGAGGAAGAAAUUGACGAAGAAGAAGAUGAACCAGAAGAUGGUCGAGCUUCAUCGUCGUUGACAGCCGAAGUUCCGUCGAAGUUCCACCUCUACCAGCAAUCAGUGCAGUCGCCGAAAGGAGACAUAAGUUACCUGCAGAAGUUCUUCCUCAUGUACGUGGGCGGGAGGCAGCCCCUUCAUCUGCAGGAAGAUUUCUGCGGCACUGCUCUCCUCAGCACGGAGUGGCUCAGGACAGAUCCGCGUCGAACUGCAGUUGGAUUGGAUUUAGAUCUCGAGGCGCUAAAUUGGUGCAUGGAGAACAACAUAAAUAUAGUCGGAGCGGAUGGAUACUCCAGAAUCUUCCUUUUCCACGGCAAUGUUCUUCAGCCAAAUGAGGCCAAACUUGUCAACUAUGAGCCUGCAGAGUUGAUUAGAAGCAUAAAACUGGAUGAGUGUGAUAAGAAGGAUUGUACACCUCAAGUCAAUGCUUCUACUUCCAUUGGUACCAAGUCUUCACGGAUUAAUACUGAACAACUGCCCUCAAGGGACAUCAUAUGUGCUUUCAACUACAGCUGUUGCUGUCUCCAUAGUCGGAAAGAUCUGGUGCUAUACUUCAGGCAUGUUCUUAGUGCCUUGUCCAAAAAGGGCGGCAUAUUUGUGAUGGAUUUAUAUGGGGGCACAUCAUCGGAGCAGAAGUUAAGGCUUCAGAGGAAGUUCCCCAAUUUUACGUACACAUGGGAGCAAGCUGAAUUUGAUAUUGUUGCAAGGAAAACAAGGAUAAGUCUUCACUUUCAUAUUCAGAAGCAGCAGAAGAAGAUGCGCGACGUUUUUUCUUACAGUUGGAGGCUCUGGUCAUUGCCUGAGAUAAAGGACUGCUUGGAAGAGGCUGGAUUUAAAUCGGUCCAUUUUUGGCUACGAGAGAUGCCUGAUACUCAUGAGAACAGAAGCACAACGGGAUUCGGUGCAGGACGAGAUGUGAAGUAUGAAGAGGUAAAAAGUUUCCAGCAGCAAGAUGCUUGGAAUGCAUAUAUCGUCGGCGUUGCAAAGUGAAUGGAGGCAAAAAAAAAAAUUGCCAGGUAACAUGUUGUACUCGCCACACUAGACUUUGGUUAAUGAUGAUGUUCUCCUAGUUCGGAAAGACGAACAUGUUUUGCGUUGUCGGGAUGCUUUUCCUCCCUCACAGGAUUUCAUUAUAAAAGAGUCAGAUUUCCUUGCAGUUUGUACUCUAUAUCUAGAAGAUGAAGUUCAAAUGUGAACCCUUCACUCCCUGCACUAAACUUGUCGGAGGUCGUUCUUAUUUCUUUUAGUCGAUCCAAGUCUGGAUUAAUUAUGCCA